AUGUCCAACCAACUGUUUUUCCUGAGCUUGGCGGACAUCUUCUCGGUGUAUCCGGCCAUCUUCAAGGAACAGAGCAAGAAGCUGAAGAAGACCAAGCAGAUCUACCUGCCCAGCGAUGAGGAAUGGCAGUACAAGAUGUACUACAUGCUGCUGGAGAUCCAGCGCCAUGUGAACGACUCCUCCGAUGAUACCAUAUCCCUGCACGACAUCAACAAGAAGGAGAAGCCCAUGUUCGAUCCUAUGAGGAUUACCAAGAUCAUAUCGCCUGGUGUCAGUCCCAGUGGACGUCGGAGCAGGGCCCUGAAGUACUGCCAUUCCACCACCGUCAGGGUUAAGUUGAAGGCCGGAGCACGCUGGUCCUUGCCCACCAUUGCCAAUGCUGCCAAACUUCUCCGCAAGCCACCGAUUCUGGUGGAUUUUCAGAAUGAGCAUGAUAUGAGGUUGGCCUUCUCCUUAAUAUAUGAUGUCUUUCGAUACAAGGUUGUGAUGUCAAAUGCCUUGAGUGACGUCUGCUUCUUUGAGAGACAUCCUGAGUACAAAAACGACGAACAACGUAUUUGGUUGAUGCUCUUCGAGCUCUACGAUCGUCAGUUCAAGGGUCGCAACUCCGAGGAAAAGGAUCUGCAGGCCAGACUUUACAAGGAGUCCGAAGUUACAGAACUCGCGGAAGUCCUUUGGCAACAUCGCAUUCGAUUGGCAGCCUCGAUUUCCCGCAUGAGGAUUCAGGUGGGAGCUCUCCGUCUCUCACAACUCCUUCCCAUCCAUCUCCAGAACGAGAAAGUGGCCAUUGCAGCUGCCAAUCCUGUGGUCACCGGUUGGAUUAAUCCCUUCUUAGUGAGAAAUAAAGAAGAGGCGGACAAGAUCCUUACCGAAAUGGGCUUCACUGUCCACGGGCCGGACGAUGAGGAGCAACUCAUGGUGCAGCACUGCAAAUGGGACAAUAUAUGUCCUUUGGUCAUAUCCUGUAUUCCCAAGGACCGCAGUGAAUUCACCAAGUCGGUGCUAAUGACUAAGCAUUACUUCAUAAUGCAGGACAAGAACUUCACCUUUGGACCGGCCAUUAUGUCCAAGUUGAUGGACUACUUCGAGCUGGAUGGCGAUAUAUUGCAGACGCACAUAGGCUCGCCACGAUCCACGGCUUACUUGGCAGCUCUCUUCUACUCCAUCAAUCGGGUGAACAACUUCUAUGUCUACGGAGCCGGGGCCAAUCUCAAGGAGUACCGUCGCUACAUGGAGUCCAUUGGGGUGAACAAUAUCCGACUGUUUGGCGAUGCCUUCACCUCGUUUCCCAUGGAAUCGAAUCGAUUUCGAACGGUGGUGGGAAUUUUCGCCACUCCCCCGAACUCCUUCAGCGCCAUCUCGGAUCCCAUCGACUUGAUUUGCUCGAGGGGCGGAGAUCUGAGUAUGCUGGAGGUGCUCACCGAGUCGGAGGUCAGCGACGAGGGUCGCCAGCGGGUGGCCAUGAUCUUGGAGGAGCAGCUGCUGACCCUCACCAUGUCGAUGUCGCGACCCCAGGUGCAGUUCGUCCUCUAUCAGACGCACUCCAUCGUGGGCACUGAGAACGAGGACAUGGUGCAGCAUGUCCUGGAACUGAUCAAUAAGUUGGCCCUGGAGAAGCAUCGCAACGCGUACAGGGAGCAGAAGCGCCUGGAGGCCAUAGCCGAGGCGGAGGCGGCCAAUAUUCCCUCGGCCGCCAUGACCAAGGAUUCGCCCAGGAAGAAGGACAAGCCCGCGGCACAACCGGAAGUUCCUGCUCCAGGCACGCCGGCUUCCGCGGCUCCUCCCCUGCCCAGAGUGGAGAGCAUAGACCUGAUAGUAACCCCCGACAUCGAUGAGUUUGUGCAGGACACAGUGCCGGAUAUAUGCAUCAACCAGGAUAAUUGCAUCAAGCAGCAGGUCACGGGUAGCUACCUGUCCCUAGUGCGGAGGAAAACUUUGACUCAUUUGAAUGAAAAGUAUCUGAUUCGGCGGGCGGAGCAGCGCGGACUCUUUGGCAAGCCGGAAAAGGACACCAAGGACAAGGCGCGACCCAAGGCGGUGAAGCUGCAGGAACAGCAAUCGGAGCCGGCGCCCCAGGACAUGGGCUACGACCAGAGGAACUCCGGCCACCGAUCCAGUGCCCAGCAAAUCCUCCAGCGUCUGCAGCGCUCGACCAGCGCCAGUGCGAUCCGUUCGCACCUGACCAAGGUGUCAUCCACGUACCGCCGACCCAUCGCCUUCAACUUUAUUCGGCGCGAGUGCAAGCGGUUCUACGUUCUGCCCGUCUAUAUGCACAGCACCAAGCAGAGCAUUCGAUUAUGGUGGCAAUAUGCCUUCAAGUGCGUCACUCCCGCCGCCUCGGCCGGUGCCGUUUGGAAUCCGAAUCUCAAAUUUAGGCUCUACUGCAGCCGGCAGCUGCGCAUCCGAAAACUGAGACGUGGUCCGUGGUCCAGGAGGCAGCCACUCCGGUUGCAUAUCAAUGACAUCAAGCUGUUGUGCCAGGUGCGCAGGCGAAGUAAAUAAACGAACUGUGGAUUGUUUAUCAGGCCCUAUAAGCAGGGUCUAGACGUAAUUCCAUUAAAGCGAAACAUGGGGUCCAUAGAAAUUCCACAGAAAACUCUGUUGAAAUUCAUACUUUGAAAUCUUGCCGCCUUUUGGGGGCAUUGCCAUCCAUGGCAACUUUAUCGAUAAAUCAAUUCCAGUGUUGAAUAAGGAAAUAGGAAAACUUUUAAAAAAGUUUUU